GCCCCGGAAAGACGUGCCUCACCGGUGUAGCACCCACUUCGACGCGGUGGCCCAGAUCCGUGGCGAAGCCUUCUUCUUCAAAGGCAAGUACUUCUGGCGCCUGACCCGGGAUCGGCACCUGGUGUCCCUGCAGCCGGCACAGAUGCACCGCUUCUGGCGGGGCCUGCCGCUGCACCUGGACAGUGUGGACGCCGUCUACGAGCGCACCAGCGACCACAAGAUUGUCUUCUUCAAAGGAGACAGAUACUGGGUGUUUAAGGACAAUAACGUGGAGGAAGGAUACCCGCGGCCCAUCUCUGACUUCAGCCUCCCACCCGGCGGCGUCGACGCCGCCUUCUCCUGGGCGCACAAUGACAGGACUUAUUUCUUUAAGGGCCAGCGGUACUGGCGCUACGAUGACCACACGCGGCGCAUGGACCCCGGCUACCCCGCUCAGAGCCCCCUGUGGAGGGGCGUCCCCAGCAUGCUGGACGACGCCAUGCGCUGGUCCGACGGCGCCUCCUACUUCUUCCGUGGUCCUGAGUACUGGAAAGUGCUGGACGGCGAGCUGGAGGCAGCACCCGGGUACCCGCAGUCCACGGCCCGGGACUGGCUGGUCUGCGGAGAGCCCCAGGACGAGGACACUGAGGCAGUAGGCGUGGACAGGGCCGCACAGCCCGGACAGCAUGGCCAGAGCCGCUCAGGGAACAGCUAUGAGGUCUGCUCCUGCACCUCCCACGCCCCCCCUCUUCGGGCAGCUGCCACACUGCUGCUGCUGCUGCUGCUGCCGCCCAGCGCACUGUGGACAGCAGCCAGGUCCUGACACGACAGCCAGUGGCACAGCCUAUGAAGGGACAGAGGAGCCAGGACAACUGGGACCACGGAGGGCGAGGGCCGGCGCCACUGCCCCUGCAGUACCCGGAGCCAGUGCCCUGCAGCCUGGCCUUGCAGAGGAGGGAAGAGGCCAGCAGAGGACACUGCCCCUGCCACCCCAGGGCUGCCCAUGGCCCAGCACCCCGGCCCUCCCUGCUGCCUGCACCUUUGGGGCCCUGGCUGCUGGCUGUGGGCUGGGGAGAUGGCCAGGCUGGGCCAUGAAGCUGCCCUGCCACCCAGCAAGUGACCAGGUCCUGCAAAACUUGACUGACAAGCGGACGGCUGUCCACCCUGAGCAGGUGCUCAGUAAGCCACGGCUGCCCCCAACCUCUCCUGGCCUGGAGGAGCAGCCUAGCAGGGGGCCAGGACCCCCUUCCCUUCUGCGCUGCCCACCCCCACGUGUGCACAUUGCUGCCCUGGUGCCCCACCCCGCUGUGGGGCUUUGUCCCCAGUGGGCCCACGGCCCCAACACAAACCAGCCUCUUGUGCCGCAUUUCAGACAAACAUGACCCCCCGCCCCGCUUCAUAA